AUGAUAAAAGGUGUAUUAAUAAUUAAUAACUCUGGAAAACCAAGAUUUUUGCGAUUUUACGAUGGAAGUAAUCAUGAAAGGCAACAAUUAAUAAUUAAGAAGAUUCAUGAAAUUCUAACAAAAAGACCAGAUAAUGAAUGUUGUUGUUUUAUAGAAGAUAAUGAGUUAUUUGAUUCAGAUAUAAAGGUUGUAUAUAGGCAUUUUGCUACUUUAUACUUUGUUUUUAUCGUUGAUGCUAUGGAAAGUGAAUUAGGAAUUUUGGAUUUAAUUCAAGUUUUUGUGCAAGUUUUAGAUGCAAAUUUUGAAAAUGUUUGUGAACUCGACUUAAUAUACAAUUAUGAACAAACUAACUAUAUAUUAGAUGAAAUAAUAAUGGGAGGUAUUGUAUUAGAAACAAAUAUAGAUACAAUCAUUAAUUCAAUUAAUGGAUCAAAAAAAUUAAUUGAGAAUGAAUCAUCUUUUUUUGGAGAUUAA